AUAGAUAAAGCACUCAACCUGCAUAGCUAAGCUUAGCCUCUAUCGAAGCCUUUCAUUGGCCUGAAAAAUUUUACCAAAAUACAGAAAGAGAAAUCCGGCAGCAGCAACCCAUUCUUGAUUCUCCUCCACUCCACUGCCACAUGAAUUUAAAAGUUGGGUCAAUCUCAUGUGAAUGGGAAAUGAGAAACUUCUCCUCCCAUUUCCGUCUCCAACAGCCCGGAUCAGUAAUCCCAUAUACAAUACGGGGACGACAAAAUGAAGAAGGAGAGCAACCACGCGCGGCCGUCGAUGAUCAGCCCAGGUGUGAGUGGGACUUCAAUCUCUCCGCCGUAAUUUCUUCAGCCGCCGCCGGGUGCGCCGUGGGUUCUGACGCCAUUGGGGUUGUGGAAUUCGACCGCAGCAACUCCUUUUUCGCCACCGGUGGCAUCGCUCGGAAAAUCAGGAUUUACAACGCCCAGAAAUUACUUUUGUCGAGGGAGAAUGGCGACGGGAACGCCGCGUUUCUCGACCACUCCGCUGCAUGCGAAUACUACAUGUGUACUCCGGCGAAACUAAGCAGUCUUAAGUGGAAGCCCGGGUCGGGUUCACGGGUCAUUGGAUCUGGGGACUAUGACGGGGUUGUCAUGGAGUAUGAUCUCGAAAAACGGGUGCCCGUUUUCGAGCGCGACGAGCAUGGGGGUAGGCGGGUUUGGAGUAUGGACUACUCGAAUUGGAAUCCGACUCUUGGGGGGUCCGGUUCGGAUGACGGCACAAUGCAAGUAUGGGAUACACGUUGCGAUAUGGGGAAAACCCUGGCUUCAGUUGAGCCGGACCGGUAUGGAUGCAGCCCGGUUUGCAGCGUAGAGUUCAACCCAUUCGGUGGGUUCCUGGUAGCCGUCGGAUGCUCCGACCACAAAAUCUACGGCUACGACGUGCGCAGAAUGGUGGACCCGGUUUUUAUCCUGGACGGGCACCGGAAGGCCGUGACGUACACGAGAUUUCUUGAUCAGCAGAAGAUAGUUUCAUCGUCGACUGAUGGGUGUUUGAAGAUGUGGGACGCAGAGAAUCAGCACCUGAUUAGGACGUACAAAGGCCACGUCAACAGCAGAAGAUUUGUGGGGCUGUCGGUCUGGAGAACCGGCGGAUUAUUCAGCUGUGGCUCCGAAAACAACCAAGUAUAUGUGUAUGACAUGAGAUGGGGCAAACCGAUUUGGGUUGGUGGGUUCGAACAGGCGGCGCAGCCUCGGUGCGAACCGGGUUUUGUGAGCGGCGUUUGCUGGCGGGAGACGGGAGGAGAACGGUGCACGCUGGUGGCCGGUGGUUCUGACGGGGUGUUGCAGGUGUUUGAGGGUGAAAAGAGGUCACGCUUAUGCUCAUAAGCAGUUUCUUUGGAAUUUUAA